GGUGGCUACAGUGCAAAUGAGACGAUGAUCCACUUCCUUUUGAAGAAUGUAUUUGCCAAGAAGGUCAUAAAAUUCAGAAGUGAAACACAGUUUUCAAGCUGAAUAUUUGUCAACCUGUUAAAUCUCAUGCAGCAGCAGAAACAAAGACUGGAUUUCCAAUUUGAAGUUCUACAAGCUUUAAGGAGAGGGGAUAUGCUUUGAACAACAGACGUUAAAGUCGCUCUGAACGCUGGAUAUUGUCGUGCCUUAUUCAACAUGGGCUUUGGAAGUGACCUUCAGAAUUCUCAUGAGGCUUUGCUAAAAUUGCAAGAAUCUGAGCUUAAAUUAAUGGAGACACUAAAAAGGCUGAUGUCUCUGAGAGUUAAAAGUGACAAAGAGUAUGCAUCCUUCCUACAGAACAUUUGCCAGCAAGUGGAAAAGCAUGAAGCAUCAUCCCCAGUGGAUUUUGUUAGUAAUAUCUCAAAGUCUUGGUCCUGUGUGGUACAUCAAACAGAACAGUUGAGCAAAAUAAUGAAGACACAUGCAGAAGACCUAAAUGUAGGACCCUUGUACAGAUUGACCAUGAUGAUCAAAGAUAAACAGCAAGUGAGAAAGAAUUAUCAGAGUAUGCAGCAGCACUUAGAAGCUGAAAUGUGCAAGGUGACAAAGACUGAACUAGAAAAGUUGAAAUCGGCCUACAGACACCUGGCAAAGGAAGCCGCAGCAGCUAAGGAAAAAUAUAAAGAUGCCCUUUUAAAAGGUAAAGAGACUGAAAAAGCUAAAGACAGAUUUGACAAGGCCACAAUGAAACUUCAUAAUCUACACAACCAGUAUGUGCUUGCAGUGAAGGGCGCCCAGUUACAUCAGGAACAAUACUAUGAUAAAGUUCUUCCUCUACUCCUCGAUUCUCUUCAGAAGAUGCAAGAGGAAAUGAUUCUUGCAUUAAAGGGAAUUCUAGAAGAAUAUGUAAACAUAACUAGCCUUGUAACAGAACAAAUAGUAACUAUCCACAAGGAUGUCCAAAAUUCUGUGGAACAAAUCGACCCCACUUCAGAGUAUAGCCACUUCAUUGAAAAUCACAGGUCACAGCCAAUUAGGGAAGCAUGUAUUGAAUUUGAUGUUCUAUUAUUGGAAGAAAUAGAAAAUGUUCAGUCCAGUGAUAUCUUGUGGAACAACUUAACAGCAGAAAGUUUACAAACAACGCUAAAAGCAACAACUGAAGACUUAAUCCAGACUCAACAAACCAUUACCAACAAAGAAGAAAUCAUGAUAGAACUUGAGAAAAAAAUUCAGGAAACCACAAUGGCAUGUGAAAAGAAAUCUGACAUUGUGCCGCUGCUGAGUCAGAAGCAGGCGUUGGAGGAGCUGAGGCAAAAUGUUCAGCAGAUGAAGUGUACUGAAGCUAAACUCUUGGCACAGAAAGAUUUAUUGGAUCGAAAGGUCAAAGAAAAUGAUGGGAAGGAUCCACCUCCAGUGUUGGCCUAUGAAGAUGAUGCAAGAUCUGUUACUUCAAUGGAUAAAGGAAAAGAUAAGAUUUCAAAAUUUGAUUCCAUUCGACAUUCCAUUGCUGGGAUCAUGCGAUCACCAAAGAAUUAUUUGAGCUCAUCUUUCUUUGAUGUGAUGCCUUCCAGCGAGAAACCUUUAUCUGAACAGGACUGGUAUCAUGGAGCGAUUCCUCGGAUAGAAGCCCAGGAGCUGCUGAAACAGCAAGGGGACUUUCUAGUCCGAGAAAGUCAUGGCAAACCUGGUGAAUAUGUCCUUUCUGUUUACUCAGAUGGGCAGCGCAGACACUUUAUCAUCCAGUACACAGAUAAUCAAUAUCGAUUUGAAGGAACUGGAUUUCCCACGAUACCUCAGCUUGUAGAAUACCACUACAGCACAAAGCAAGUAAUCACAAAAAAAUCAGGAGUGGUCCUCUUAAAUCCUGUUGUUAAAGACAAGAAGUGGGUUCUCAGUCAUGAUGAUGUCACUCUUGGAGAAUUGCUUGGCAAAGGAAAUUUUGGAGAAGUUUUCAAGGGAACAUUAAAAGAUAAAACUCAAGUAGCUGUAAAAACAUGCAAAGAAGACUUGCCACAAGAGCUGAAAAUAAAAUUUUUAUCAGAAGCAAGGAUACUCAAACAGUAUGAUCAUCCAAACAUUGUCAAAUUAAUUGGUGUCUGUACCCAGAGACAGCCCAUUUACAUUGUUAUGGAGCUUAUACAAGGAGGUGAUUUCCUUACUUUUUUAAGGAAAAAGAAAGAUGAUCUGAAAAUGAAACAACUUGUGAAGAUGUCUUUGGAUGCAGCUGCUGGCAUGGCUUACCUUGAAGGGAAAAACUGCAUUCACAGAGACCUUGCUGCCAGAAACUGUCUUGUUGCUGAUGGCAAUAUACUAAAAAUCAGUGAUUUUGGCAUGUCAAGACAGGAAGAUGAUGGAAUUUACUCAUCAUCUGGUUUGAAACAGAUUCCAAUCAAAUGGACAGCCCCCGAGGCUUUAAAUUAUGGACGAUACAGUUCAGAGAGUGAUAUCUGGAGCUUUGGGAUACUUCUAUGGGAAACAUUUAGUUUAGGCGUGUGUCCUUAUCCUGGAAUGACCAAUCAACAGGCACGAGAACAGGUGGAAAAAGGUUACAGGAUGUCUGCACCGCAGAAAUGUCCAGAGGAUAUCUACAACUUAAUGCUGAAAUGUUGGGAGUACAAACCAGAAAACAGACCAAAUUUCAGUGAUGUACACAAAGAACUCUUGGGUAUCAAGAAAAAGAUUAGAAUCCUAGGAAAGAUGUUUCACAGUAGAGGAGACUUGCAAUACCAACGUACCUGUGAAGGGAACUCCUAACAGAGAUACAAACAGAAGUUUGGUUUAAUCUCUGACGUCAGAUGAGAUUUUACAUUCAAUUGGUAAAUGUAAACAGAAGAAAAAUAUGGGAGAUGGUUUGUAUUCUGCCAGGCCCCAGUAAAUAUUGUAGCCAUUUUUUUUCAACUGGUAUGAGAAUUAACAGAAUUGGUCUUGCAGCAAUAUCAAAAAUUUAAAUCACCUUCAAGUAAUGGGAUUUAACGCUUCUCUCUCAAGUGCAUGGUUUUGAUAGUUUGAUCCCUUUUUUUUAGUUGGCACAGGCCCAUAAUGUUUAUAAUAAGAAGAAAAUACAGGAAUGCUCAGCACCUGCGGAGAAAGAAAUGUUCACCUGAAAACUUUAACUUUGUUGCUUUCUACAAAAAUGUGGCCUUCUGUGUUGAGUAGCUCCUGAAUUUUCUGUUUUCAUUUUCAGUUGCCCCACAAUUUUUAAUCAUCUUAAUUGCAUUCUUUCUAACCAAACUAUACUUGGCCCAUUGCUGUUCUAUUACUGUGACUAUAUUAGAAUGCAGAAUGUCCAGUUACUUUAAAAUCAGUGAUUUAAAGUAAAGGUCUACCUUGCCUCAUGUCCCAUGGUUGAUGCCUUUCACGCUGCCACAGCCCAGUGGCUAUAACCCUCCUCUUUCCUGCUGUGUGCCAUAUACAUGCAUUACCUUUCUACUAACCAAAUUAUAUUUUGCUGCCAUUUAAUAUAAUUGCUGCCACUAAUAAUAACAAAUAGCAAGUCGUAUUUUACUUUUCAAAAGCUCCAUUGCAGUGUUAUUUGGUGCCAUAAUUAAGACCAGAAUUCUAUUUUUUUUAAAUGCACCUUUUCUUUUACUAAUAUUAAGCUUCUAUCUUUUUCAAAGAAAGUAAAACAAACUUUCAACACUGGAACUAUGUAAUUCAUAAAAAUGUUUCAAUCUUUCUGUCAAUGUUUGCUUAAAUUUAAAGUCUUAUUUUUAAUGAUGUACAGUAUAAUAUUUCUACCCCAAAAUAAUUAAAUGAAAUUUUUGCUAUGUCCAUUGGGGGAAAUCAUGUUCAAAAUACCAAACAGAACCUUGUCUUUUGUACUUUUUUAAAACAAUCCUGUGUUAACAUUUAUUUAUUUUGUACUUUUGUUUUUACAGUGAAUUUACAGGGAUUUUGAAAUGACAUGUUAUAUUCUCUGAAUUCUGUGCUAUUGUGAAUUGCAGACUUGUUCCUGAACUGCUUCUGUGUCAUUUUAGACCAAAUACCACUAAUAAGUCUGUUGAUAUUUAUGUAAUCCUUUAAUAAAAAGAAUGG